AUGUCAGAUUCCAACACAACUGACUUCACCAACCCCUCCACCUUCAUCCUGAUGGGCAUUCCAGGCCUGGAGGCAGCCCAUGUCUGGAUCUCCAUCCCCUUCUGCGCCAUAUACAUCAUAGCCAUCUUGGGGAACUUCACCAUCCUGUUAAUAGUGAAGAGGGAGCCGAGCCUCCAUGGGCCCAUGUACUAUUUCCUCUGCAUGCUGGCUGUCAUUGACCUCAUCCUGAGCACAUCCACCCUGCCCAAAAUGUUGAACAUCUUCUGGUUCAAUUCCAGGGAGAUCGAUUUCAGUGCCUGCCUCACCCAGAUGUACUUCAUUCACUGCUUCUCAGGGAUGGAGACUGGGAUCCUCGUAGCCAUGGCUUUGGAUCGCUACGUGGCCAUCUGCCAUCCCCUGAGACAUUCCACCAUCCUGACCAACCCUGUGGUGGCCAAGAUCGGCCUGGCCGUGGUGCUGCGCGUUGGAAUGGUCAUACUGCCAUAUCUCCUCCUGGCGAGGCAAUGGCCAUAUUGCAGGACCAACAUCAUCCCCCAGCCGUUCUGCAUGCAUAUAGCCUUGGUCAAGCUGUCCUGUGCUGACACCCUUGCUAGCAGUUACUACGGCCUCUUUGUGCUUUUCUGUGUGAUGGGUCUGGAUGCUAUUUUUAUCACCAUCUCCUAUAUCCAGAUCCUCAGGGUCAUCUUCAGGCUCCCCACAAAGGAUGCCCCGCUCAAGACUUUUGGGACCUGCGGCUCCCACCUCUGUGUCAUCUUAGCCUCUUACAUCCCAGGGCUCUUCAUCUCCCUCAUGUACCGGUUUAGCCAGAAUGUGCCUGGACAUUUCCACAUUCUCAUUGCCAGCGUGUAUGUCUUUAUGUCCCCCAUGCUAAACCCCAUCAUCUAUGGGGCGAGGACCAAAAAGAUCCGGGACAGGCUACUCUGGCUCUUUACUCAUAAAGAGCCCUAA